AAUUUAAAACUUUUCUUUGAUCGUUUUCUUGUAGUUUAUAAAUUUUAUUUUUCAAUUGUUCAUUUAUACGUAUAGUCGUUGCACUUCACAUGUUGAAGCAUUUCUUCUCACAUGCUAUGGAGAGGCUUAAACUUUAAUUUUUUUUUUAUAUAUAACGAUAUUGGAACUUGCAUUUAUUCACAAGAAGAGUUCUCGCUCAAUCGUUGAAUGUUAAUUUCUGCGGUGGAUUUACGACAAUGGGAAAGAGAAUGCGAUUAUGUUAAGAGUAAAACGGGUAUCGGCUGAAACGAUCGAUCUGUCUAAUAUGCAAUUACUAUUUGCGCCCAGUGUAUUGGUUCAUCUACAGCAUUCAUGGAUUAUUAAUUAAAACAGUUACAAUAGUUGAAUAUGCACGCUCUCGUAUCCUGUGAUACCUACGAAGCCGAUCUAAUGUCACUCAAUUCGUGCAACUAAACUGAUACCAAUGCACUGAAUCGUAGAAACAGCAUAAUCAAUGAUCAAUAGUUAGACUGUCAAUUGAUUUCGAUACAAUGUUACCAAAAUUAAAAUAAAUGUGUAUAAAUUUGGUCUUUACAAAGUAUGGGGAUAUCAAUAUAAAUCAUCCAUAAUUUAAACAAUUAUAAGAAACGAUAUCCCUUUAAAAAGGCGCAACUUCUGCUAUUUUAAAAAACUACGUUUUUAAUGUAAAUAAAUAAAAGAAAAUCGUUGUCUCCGAAUAUUUCAAAAUUCUGUUUCUGUCAAAAUAUUUAAGCCAUAGGCAAUAAUUUGUCCGAUUUUUAUUCUUCCUACAAGUUAUCGUGCUCAUGAUGAACGAACUUGUAUGCGCUCUUGCACUUUUUCGUCCUGAAUACUGUGAUUAGCCAGCAGAGAGGAGAGCGAACGAUCGCGGGGGAGCUAAAAUGCGAUUAUAGCUCGUCGAUUUGUGGGUGGGAUAGCAGAGCGAUACGAGUUUUGCGGGUCGAGGUACAGGGCACAGGGUGGCAGGCGGAGAAAUAUUCUCGGGUGAGUGACGGGGAACGGGCGGGAGGGAACAGUAGAGACCGGAGGUAUUGAUUGCGACGCGACUCUAGGAACCUGCCCGAUACACGACCGCGCUCUACCUACCUACCUACUACCUACACCCACCGACAAGCGCGAUUAUUCCUCACAUAUCUCGCGUUACUGAGCAUUCACGCGACUAAAUGUCCUCCGCGGCCUAGCUGUACGCGGUCCCCCACUGCAAAAUCAGUGCCAACUCCUUAAAUACUUAACGUCGAUCAUUAACACAUUCGCAGCUUCGUAUUUUCUCUCUUUGCAAACCCAACGCGAUCUUUUUUCGCGGAAAAUAUUGGACGAGCCAAAAUUACCAGGAAAGUUUGGAAAAAUAUGGAACUCGGUUGAUGCUGAAAAUAAAAAUAAAUUGAAGGUUUAUGGCAAAAACGAAGCUUUUAAGAAAAGUGAAACGUCAAAAAUUGAUUGGAAAAUUUAGGAGAGAUUUAGUUUUUUCUUUUUUUUUUUUUUUUUGUAGGAUUUAGGAAUAUUUAGCAAGUUUAUCAUCAGACCUGAUUUUGUAUGGUGCAUGCAUCUACCUCAUUUCAUAGAUAAGUUUACCAUGAUGUUACCUUUUCUUUUCGUGCUUGUAAGGAUACAAGGAACUAUCAUGUACCUACCGAACGCGGGGCACGAACAUUCAGUCGUAUCGAUAAACUUCGACGAGCCGCUACAAACGCGAAAACGAGGUCAUAUUGGUUUGAAAAGAGACUAUAGGUAUAAAGCGUACCGGGAUACUUCCUCUUAUGCUCCGCGUCCACUUCCCGGGCCAGGGCAAAGUAUUUUUCCUUCACGUCCUUCGCCAUGUUCUUCCAAAGGAUGCCUAAUCUGCACGAUAUAAAAUGUUCUAAUUUACAGUAUACUUUGUGUUUUUAAAUUAUUAAAAAUGUUAAAAUGUUUAAAUAAGCAAGUGUAUUAAUUAAGAAGAAAAAAUAUUUCAUACAAAAGAACGUAUUCCAUCAAAUAGAAUCACUAGAUGCAAAUGUAAAAAUGGAUGUAGAGAAACUAGCCUAACGCUAAUGUCCUUAUUAGACUCCCGAGGAUUCUCCGCAGCGAGCUUUUUACGCCAUUCGUUGGCGAACAGCAUAAAAGCGUUAGCUGGUCGUGGGAUUUUUCGUUUAACUCCAUUUGAACCGGCAAUCCUCCCGUCGAUGCAUAGAAAUGCUGGGAAUCCUUCUGGACGUAUCUGCGAUCGACCGAGUUGCUGCAGCACGAAGAUUUUCUCCUCGUCGCUUUUUUCGCGAUUGCUGCAAAUCUGCCUUGCCUCCACGCGUAUCUUCUUCCUUGACACGUUCUCCUUAUCGUUUUCCAAAUCUUCAUCGUUCGUCGUCAAGGAAACCUUGAACAUCCCUUCGUCAGGUUUUUCCUUUUUACAAUCCCCGCACGAUUUUUCGGAUACUCCACAGGAAAAGGAAUUUUUCUUCAUUACAUGUUGACCGGAGGAUGAACUAUCCUCACGAUCGGAAAAAAGUUCGCAGUCGCUUAAAUUCUUUUCCUUAACUGCCGUUUUAAUUGCAGCUAGAAAUAUUUCGUUUUGUUAAUAUUUCGAUAUUUGUUAAUAAAAUCGAUAUUUUAGUGAGAUAUUUUUCGCGCAGUUUUUAUUUAUAAAAUUAGAAGUCAUUUAUCAAGUUGAAUUAAGUAAAAAAAGAAAUCGUGAAAAGUUGUAAUGGCUGUCAUUUGAAAGCAAAUUAUAUAAGUAUUAUGUCUAAUUGUAUUUUCAUACGUUAAUAAAAAUUGUGGCAACAAUGACGAGAAUCAAAUUCGUAAAAAAAAAUCCUUAUUUUGAAUCUCACCUUUCUGCACGAGGUUCAAAAUCAAUCCAGAAGCAUCCAUGGUGCCUUCCCUUUCAUAUGGAGUACCAAUGAAUAGCUAUUAAAUAAUGGUUCUAUGUUCAACAAUAAAUGUCGGUCGUGAGACGUUUAAUAAUUACAAAAGCUAACACACGAGUGCAGAUUGUACUCCGUUGUCGAGAGGGGCGCGUUGGUUGUUGAAAACACUUGAAAAAUCGUUGCGAAACGAUACAUUUUUCUCGCUUCUAUUUUUUCGGCCUUCUUACAUGACAUCAGCCAUGAAUUCAUAACAGAAGAUAGUCGUGUAAGUGUUUGUUUUAAUUUUAAAUGGGAUAAUUUUGAAAGUAUCGAUAGAAACAGAAAAUAAGGAAUAUCAUGUCAUGCGAUGAAACUUGUUCGUGUAAUAAACGUGGUAUAGAUUACUAUGGCGUACUAUCGUUGAAAAAAGACUGCGACGAUUUGGAGAUCAAAGCUGCAUUUCGACGCUUAGCGAUACGAUAUAACCCUAAAAGAGCGAAAGAUGAAUGUUUAUGUACUAUUUUCGCCUUAGUAGCCGAAGCAUACGAUGUGCUUUCAGAUCCCCUUAAAAGAACCAUAUACGAUCAAUUCGGCGAGGAAGGUCUUAAAAAUGGCGUGCCUGGAGCCGAAGGAUUUAUUCAACCGUAUACCUAUCACGGAGAACCGAUGAGAACGUAUAGGGAGUUCUUCGGUACCGAAAGUCCUUAUGCUGAUCUACUCUACGUACUAACGCAGUCUUCGUCUCUGCUCGAAUUUCCCGAGGGGCGGGGUAUAAAGCGCAAGGAAGAACCUCUGAUAAAAACCUUGUACCUAACCCUACUGGAGGUCUUUCUUGGAGGGAUAAAGAAAAUGAAGAUACAAAGAUUAGUAUUGGUAGGGGAUGAUAAGACUAAGACAGUGACGAAGGAAAAAAUUUUAACGAUACCCAUUAAACCAGGCAUUCCGACGGGAACGAGGAUAGUGUUCCCAGAGGAAGGUGAUGAAGGACCCACAAAAAUUCCUGCGGAUGUAAUCUUCAUCACGGAGGACCGGCCUCACGAGACCUUCCGAAGAGAGGGCUCUGACUUGCACAUGACGGUCGAUAUCUUUCUGCGAGAGGCACUGACCGGAACAGUGGUCACCGUCAACACGCUCGAUGACAGAACCCUUCGAAUACCACUAACGUCUGUCAUCACACCAGAUUACAAGAAACACGUACCUGGCCAAGGAUUGCCGCUGCCGGAAAGUCCGAAGAAAAGAGGAAGUCUAGUCAUAUCUUUUAAUAUUGAAUAUCCGGUAUAUUUGCCGGUAUCAAAUAAAAAUUACAUUAAACGAGCGUUUGAUACGUCCGCAGAUAUCAAAGAUACGGAAUACGUUCAUCGUCUUAUAUUGGCCAAUAAAAUGCGUAGAAACGUGGACUUCGAUGUUCCUAUACGUCGAAAUACCGACGAUUACGAAGCAAAAUAAUUAGACUUUAUAUGCAAUACUUAAUUUCUCUAUUCUUUUCAUUCAAAUAAUUUAACUCAUCGAUUUGAAGUAUUAAUUUUUUUAAGAAUAUUGAAAUCUCAAAUGAAAUUUGAUUUUGGAUGUAUAUACAAUUUACAUUAUUAGAAAUAAAUUUACUAUAUCAACAUAUAACAAAUUUACUAUAUAUACGUUUGCUAUUAUGUAUAAAUAUCUGCGCAAUAAUUAUGCAAAACUUUGUGUAACUUUGUUUUCCAACAUCUUUUUACUUUACUCUUACUUUUACUUUACUUGUACUCUUUUAUCAAAAUUUCUUUAUAUAAUUUUUCUUCUAACUUGCUUUAAAUAUUUAAUCCAUUAUACAAUGGCAUAUCAGGGUUUUUUUAUUUCAAUAAAAUUUUCUAUACAUAUAAAUAAAUAAAUAAAUUUUGACUUGAAAAAUAUACGUAUAAGCUUAAUAAUUUUAUUU